AUGUGGAGUGAGAUAGAUGUUAAAUUACAAGAUAUACAAAUAAAGGAAUUGGGAUACAAUCACCCCACUUGCUCCAAUAUAUUGGAUGAUACUACAUUGCCUAUUUCUGAUAUACCGGAAGAAUCUCGUCAAAUAUUCAAUGAACCAAGCAAAAAUUUUUUAAUACCCGUGGACGAGACGUUAAUAAGUAGAUGUAAGCAAUUUGUCUGUAAAGAGAGAGAAUGUGUUAAAACAGUUAAAAAACUUAGCAAUGCAAGAUUUGGAAAAUUUUUGGAUGAACUGGAAUUAUUACAAAAUAUGACAGAUAGGAUGUUAGCUGUUUAUGUUUGUGAAUUAUUAUCGCCAUUAUUAAACAUAGUAAUGGAUGAUUUACCCAUUGGUGCUGAUACAUGGGGGAGAAAGGCAAGUUCUGCAAGUGCAGAACGAAAGUGUUCUUUCAAACGUGCACGCAGACCUGAUUUUUCAGUUAUUGUUAAGAUUAAAAAUGAAACUGUUGAAAUUGGAUACCUUGAAACGGGACGACCGGAUUCUACCGCUGAAAAACAAUUGCGAGAUCAUAAAAACUCAACUGUCUUUCGAAGGAUUCUAUCGAUGCUUUUCUUAAAAGGAAACAAGUGUUCGAUCUUUACAAUUAAUGUCGCUGGUACUGUACUAGGAAUUCAGUGUAUGGGAAAGGAGCCUGGCACUGGCAUAUAUAAUGAUUAG